AAAAAAGAAAGAAAGAAAGAAAGAAAGAACUGGACUGGAUCUGCUGGUUUCAACUACAUUAAAAGUCAUAGUGACCUGAGGGAAGUCACUGCGUUUCAGUCGGUUUCUUCUUUUUUUCUUUUUUUUCUUCACCACGCUGGGAGGAUCUUUAAGUUAACAGCCGGGUGCUCAGUGAGUGAAAACAGCCGACAGUACCAACACGGAGGAGAGACACAAACUCUGUUUUUUUAUAAGUUAAUAAUUUCUGCAAACCUUUUCUACCGUCGUCAGAAAAGAAGUGAACGCCUGACUCGGACCGGCUCGGGCUAACAAUGGAUCGGUACGACAACUUGGAUUUGGAGUGUGAUGGAGGUGGCGUUUCUCAAAAAGCAGCUUUGUUCGGUGGGAUGUUCAAGAAAUCCUCCAAGUCUGCUGAACCAUCAGUCCAAGCACAGGACAAUAUAUCAGCCAGCAGUGAACUUUCGAAGAGCAACGACAGUCUGACUGACAACAACAACACAAAGGAAAAAGGAGGCGUGUUUAAAGGAAUGUUUAAGAAGCCAAUCAAAUCUGCCAAAGAGGGCUCACAACAGGCCACCAUCUCAAUUCAAAAUCAAGAUCUGUCUGCCAGUAGUGACAACAUAACCGACAACAACAAAUCAUCAAAGGACAAAUCAGGUGUGUUGGGUGGGAUACUGAGACGAUCUCCCAAACCAGGAAUGGUCCGAAGGCCUUCACAGGAUCUUUUGGAGAACGGGCUCUCAGCCAGUAAUGACAGUCUGUCUGAGAACGCCAACACUAAGGAAACAGGUGGGAUAUUCAGUGGAAUGUUUAAAAAAAAGCCUUUCGGAGCGAGGACACAGUCUCAGGAUGACUUGUCGGCACCGAGUGAACUCUCAGGCAGCGGUGACAAUUCCUCUGAGAGCAACAACACAAAGGAGAAAGGAGGAAUCUUCAGUGGUGUGUUUAAAAAACCAAAACUCUUAGGUGCCAAAUCUCAAGAUGAUUUAACUAUGGACAGUGAACUGUCUGCCAGCAGUGACAGUCUCGCAGAGAAGUCUUCAAAGGGCGGAGUGGCAGCAAAGAUCCUGAAGAAUCCUUUCACCUCCUCAUCUCAGGAUAAGGAAAAGCCUGAAGACUUAAAUGAGAAUGUCUCUUCCACAGAGAAGCCCAAAGCCAAGCAGAACGGUUUCAGUGCGAUGAUGAAGAGCACUUUUUACACUGACAAACAGGAGAAGAGCUCGGAUCCUGACACUGAGGAGACACCAGACAACGGAGAGAGCCAGCCCAGUCACAAACAGAAUAAACUGGCUGAUGCAAUGACGAAGCUGAAUCCAUUUCGAUCUCCAAACAAAUACGAGAGGCAGACAGGCUCAGAUGACGAGGAUCCACCUGCGAGCAGCGAGAAGUCAUCAGGCAGCAAACAGAGCGCCAUGGUUGGAGCCAUGUCCAAACUGAACCUAUUCCGCUCUGCAAAUAAAAAAGACACGGAAGACACCGAGACGCUCAAGGAGACUGAGAAACAAGUGGAGGAGAAGCCAAAACUGGUCAAAAGCAACAUGAUCCAUCGAGAGAGGAAGGAAAGAAGUGAAACGCCACUAGUUCCACCCAGACCAACUGAAGAGGAAAUGAAGGGGACGUCCACAUAUGACAAAGUGAAAACAAGAGGAACUGAGGAUAUUCAGGUUAACAAGGACAUGAUAUCCACACAGAAAAAAGAAAAACCUGCGGAAACUCCUGCAGUUCCUGUCAGACCAUCAGAGGAGGAGCUGAACGGACCAGCGAGACGUGGUCUCCAAAAGCAGAAGAACAACCAUCAGAACCAAUCAGACGAUGAAGGCCUCAAAGAAGAUGAGUCUGCUGAAGGCAAGGAGGGAGACGAGUUGAAUCCUCCAGAGAGCAAAACUACUAAGGUGAAAAAACACAAGCACCGUAAUCCGUUUAUGCCACGUGCUGCAGCCAAGGCUCCAUCUGAUGAUGAAGGGCUGAAAGAAGAAGACAAAUUGUCAUCGAAAGGGGAAGAGAAAGAAGAGGAAAAGAAAGAGGAGGAAGGCAACGACAAACCAGAGGAGACCAAAGUCAAGAAACCUAAGAGACACAAUCCCUUCAUGCCUCGGGUCAAGGCCAAAGUUAUUCAGAAGAAUGCACAGGACGGAGCUGAAGGCAACACAGCAGAGAAUGACGGUGGAAACAGGACAUUGUUGGAUCAGCUGGAGGACUUCCGUAUUGACCAAUCACAGCCUGAAGACACUGAAGAUGUCGAUCUUAUGGAGUGGUGGGACACAGUGGAGGCCUGGGAAGACACUCCUCAGAAUGAGGACAUGACAGAAAAAGAAGAGGCCAAGGCGUUUGCUGUGACGGCAGCUAAGGUGCAAAAGGGAAUUCGUCUAUUCAACAAGCUCUUCUCAGAGCGCGCUGAGAGCCUGUGGCAGCACGUCAUUGACCUGAACAGCAUCGCCGACGGCCUGGACAAGUUCAACAAGAAAACAAAGAUCGCUCAAAUCACAGGUGGCUCCACCAGUGCUAUCGGAGGUGUGGCCACCAUAGCUGGUCUCGCUCUGGCCCCUGUCACCAUGGGAACCUCCUUGAUUGUGACGGCAGUAGGACUUGGUGUGGCCACGGCGGGUGGUCUGACCUCAGCAGGUGCUGGUAUCUCCAAUCAGGUUAACAACUCAAUGGACCGCAAAAAGGUGGAGAAGAUCGUGGAGGACUACCAGGAGAAGAUGGUCGACCUUAACAAGUGCCUGAAAUUCAUCAAGCAGGGAAUUGAAAACCUGCGUAGGUUUGACCUGAUCAGGAUGAAGAAAGACGCCUACAACCAGGACUUCCCUGUGCUCAGCAGUAGUUUUUAUGAGGACGGCGCCAUGGCAGGGAAGGCUAUCCUCAUCAACGCCAAUGAGAUCAUGCGUGUGGUGCAGAUCGCCAACGUGGCUGGCAGCACGGCAGCCAGGGCGGUCCAGAUUGCCAGUAUGGCUACAGGUGUGCUCACCGGACUCUUCGUGGGUAUGGACAUCUACUUUGUGGCCAAAGACUCCAAAGAACUCAAGAAAGGGGCAAAAUCAGAGUUUGCUGCCAAGAUCAGGGAGGUGGCUACGCAGCUGCAUGACGGUCUGGUGGAGCUGAACGGGCUACGAGAGGAGCUGCAGUCAACCUCCAGGCCACAAAACGAUGAAGGAAAUGAUAAACCUGCUCCGGACACUGAAAAGAAGAAGGAAGAUGAGAAUGAGGACAGUUCAGAAGAUGAAAUCGACCGCAUUAAAAAAGCCAUCAAAAAGGACAUUGAGAACCGAGAAUACGUUUGACUGAUACUUGACUUAAAACUGGAAAAGGGCUUAAACUGUGCUUUGUUAUCAAGGUUUUAAAGGGAAGAAUCAGGCAUUGUUAAUUUCCCAGUUCCUCAUGGAAAUGGUUUCUAAUGUUUUGAAAGUACCAGCAAAGGUUUCUAAAACUUUUGAGCCUUUCUUUUAGAGAACUGACUUCUUAGACCUAAACAGCAUUUACACUAAUGGGAGGAACUGAAGUUUCUUGGUAGAUAAAGUGUCAUGUCUAUAUCUCUGGCAAUUGUGCCAAUGUGUAAAACUGCUAUGUUGUCUUUCCAGAUAACAGGAUUCAAAGAUUUAUGUGGCUAAAUAAUGUAUUUGGAGAGUAAGAUUAUAGAUCAAUUAAAGAAAUAGGCUAGACUUUAUAAUCUAGACUUUAAUGUUUUGCUUAGAGUUUCAUCAAAGUGUAUUGGUUCAUAUUGAAAUACUUGGACUUAGACUAUGUAUAACUCAUAUAGAUUGAUCGUCCCUUUAUUAUUAAUAAUGCAGUAUGAUGCAGAUUAGUAUUAGUCUGUUUCCAGAUCUUGUUUUUUUUGGGUUUCAUGGCUAAUGCGCAAACCGUUCCCGAACAUCAUCUUCAUCAGGUUUGAAUGAUAAAGCUGUUACUCGACACAGUUCAGAAGUCUUGAUUAGCAGCUAGUAUUGGUCUUGUUUCUAUGAAUUACAGUAAUAUGCUUUGUUUUAAAGCUGCUGUGCAACUAGGUAGAUGUUCUUUACAAAAGAGCCAAUAAAAUGACAAAAUUUUAAUGCAAAAACAUGAGUUUAUGUAUGAAGUCCCUCCUUUAGUCCUUUAGUAGCUACUAGCUAGUUUCAGACUAUUGAUCCACUAAAUUGGGUUGCACCAUUAAAACUUGAGGAAUGUCUAAGGUACUAAAGACUUUACCUUUAGUAACAUGUGGUUAAGUGUAAAAUGGCUGUUAGGAAACAUCUGUGGUGCCAAAAGUAACCAGCUGUGUAAACGGGAUGCCACAGACUGUAACGUAACUACCAAAAAUAAUAAUAUUAGGGGGACAAGUGUUUAUCAAACUAAACUAACAAUAUUUGUAAAUGUAGACAUUACUUUGUUUCAUUUACACAUGCAAACAUAGAGAAACAUAAAAACAUAAAGAAACAUGAAGAAACAAGCGUGUUUCAGAGUCAGUUUUGAAUGAGUGUGAAAUAGCUGAUUAUGCUAACCUAACAACACCAACACCAUUGGUCUUAAUGUUAUAGACAUUAUGUUGUAAUUUGAUGUAUAUGGUGUUUUUCUCCACAUCAUUACAUCAUUUGUAAACACAUUUUGAUCAAAUGUCAUGUCAGAUAAGUCAACUACAUUCAUUAUUACCUCUGAAACUCUUCAGUCUAAGCUAGUCAUAUGUUAGCAAGCUAAUAUUAGCUUAAUGAUUGGUUCAGUUGCUCCUGACAGUUACUGGGUGUAAAUAUUUCGUAGCAACUCAUCUCUAUGUAGGAAAUAGUUUUUGUGAAGCAGCCUGUUUUUAUUUAGUGACGCUUAUUAUUCUCCACUUCAAUUAAAAUUAAGCAAAGUUUGAACAGCUCCAUGCAAGUACAGCGGGGAAAGGCAAACAUAAUAACAAAUGGGGACAAAAUUAUAGGAAUGUUUUUCUACCAAGACUCCUACAAGUUGACCAACUGGUUUCCAUCAUUGGUUCCAGACUUUUCAACUGGUUUCCAUCAUGGGUGUUCUAUUAUUGUUUUCUAGGUGUAAAAUAGUCCUUUAUUACACAACUGGAAUGACACCAACAAGAAAACCAGCAAGGACUGAGUCAAGCUGUUUGUUUUUUACCGUGUCCUUUUAUUAGAUCAUUGAUUUUUUUUCAAAGUCAGAAUUUGAUUUUCUGUCUGAACUGUAAUCUCUGAUAAUGUCGACUCUGUGGUUUAUUUAAUGACAUAAUUUAUUUUUCGUUCCUGUUCUGGGUUGAGCUGGUUAUGCAGUGAUACCUUUUUAUGUGCAAUAAACUGUGGGACUCCAUGUGUAAUAAAUGUAAAUGUAAAAUUGACUAUUAAAGGUCGAAGGAACA